UUGUUUUUGGGCACCAUUAUGUGAAGUGUUAUUAUAUGUUGUUUGCAAUGAGCUUUGGUCAAUUUAGUUUGCAAUAUGCCACCGUACCUAAUGAGCAGGCCAACCAUGGAGGAAAGUAUUGGCUGUAGAAGGAAGAGAAGACAUAACAUUUGUUUCUUUUAAAAGGACUUCUUAUGACAUUGCUUGCCAGAAUAAACAUUAAUUAAUAUUUUUCCAAACUGCGCUACCCACUCCAGUCAGCAGAUGGCGAUAUGAGUUUUUGAGGUGAUGCUUAUUGCGUGACGUAUAAUCUAGUGGACGGAACUGGAAGCUUCUUCAACAGCGACAAAAGGCUUCUGAUUCAACCAACGUGGUGAUUUACUAGUGAACAUUAAACCUAAACAUUUGAAGCGUUUAAGACGAAUCUUGUGUAUAUUACCCUUUGUGUUUUAAACACAACUCUGUUUACAUAUCUACUCGUUCAUUGAAACGUAGAUUGCUUGUUAAAUGAGCUAAUGUGGUAAAUUGAUACUGCACGAGGCUAAUCGCCCGGAACAUGAGCUCACUGAUCUCGACGGAGAAAUAAGCUCUGAUGAAAGGAGAGGAAGAAGCUUUCAGGAUGAAAAGGGAGGAAGAGGAGGCUAUCGCAUUGAAAGAAGAAGAGGAUGAUAUUACAGUGAAAGAGGAAGAUGGGAAAGAGGUUGUGGAAGAGGAGGAGGUAGAAGCUUUCAGAAUCAAAAAGGAGGAAGGUGCCAUAACAUUUAAAGAAGAGGAAGAACAUUUUGGAGUAAAAGAGGAAGAGGAGGCUAUCUCAAUUAAAGAGGAGGAGGAAGACGUUUUGGGAGUGAAAAAGGAUGAGGCUGAAGAUUCGAUUAAGACCAGAGAGAGACAUGACUUUCAUGGAUCCUCUGGGGAGCCUCAACAACAUCCUGAUGCUGACGAGGAAGAGAAGAGUCUCUCCAGAUCAGAACACCAGAUGGACAACGCUAGCCCUUCCUCCCUCCCGGAGUCCCCGUGCCGUGCCUCUCCCAGUAGCACCUUACUGCUGGGUAUGAAGAGGUUGUCUGUGCUGCUGGUGGACUGCAGGAAAACAACGGGGCUGAGUGGAACUGUGAGAGGAGGAGAAGAGAUGAAAGGAUCAGAUUUGACUCAUCAAAGAGAAAGACCAGACUCGGAGGAACCAGAGCCAGGGAUGUCCAAACCAGCAAGAAGACACCAGUGUUCCCACUGUGGAAAGGGUUGUAACCACUUAAGUGAACUUAAACGACAUGAGAGAAGACACACAGGGGAGAAGCCUUACCACUGCUCCAAGUGUGGAAGGAGUUUUAGCCUUAAAGGAAACCUGAACCAACAUGAGCGACUACACACAGGGGAGAAGCCUUAUCACUGCUCCGAGUGUGGAAAGGGUUUUAACGAUUUGGGGAAGUUGAAACGACAUGAGAGAAUGCACACAGGGGAGAAUCCUUACCACUGCUCCCAUUGUGGAAAGGGUUUUAAAGAUUUGUGGAAGCUGAAACGACAUGAGAGAAUACACACAGGGGAGAAGCCUUACCACUGUUCCAAGUGUGGAAGGAGUUUUAGCCAUAAAGGAAACCUGAAGCAACACGAGAGACUACACACAGGGGAGAAGCCUUACCACUGCUCCCAGUGUGGAAAGUGUUUCAACCAGUCAGGAGAGCUGAAACGGCAUGAUAGAAUUCACACAGGGGAGAAGCCUUACCACUGCUCCCAUUGUGGAAAGGGUUUUAACAAUUUGGGGAAGCUGAAACGGCACGAUAGAAUUCACACAGGGGAGAAGCCUUACCACUGCCCCCUUUGUGGCAAGGGUUUUAACAAUUUGGGGAAGCUGAAACGGCAUGAUAGAAUUCACACAGGGGAGAAGCCUUACCACUGCUCGCAAUGCGGAAAGAUGUUUAACCAGAAAGGACAUCUGAAAGCUCAUGAGAACAUACACACAGGGGAGAAGCCUUACCAAUGUUCCCAGUGUGGAAAGUGUUUCAACUGGGCAGGAGAUCUUAAAAAACACGAAAGAAUACACACAGGGGAGAAGCCUUACCACUGCUCCCAGUGUGGCAAGUGUUUUAACCAGUUAGGGGCCGUGAAACAGCACGAGAGAAUACACACAGGGGAGAAGCCUUACCACUGCUCCCAGUGUGAAAAGGGUUUUAACAAUUUGGGGAACCUGAAACAGCAUGAGAGAAUUCACACAGGGGAGAAGGCUUACCACUGCUCCCAGUGUGGAAAGAUGUUUAACCAGAAAGGACACCUGAAAGCUCAUGAGAACAUUCACACAGGGGAGAAGCCUUACCAAUGCUCCUAGGUGUAUGUAAUCGUUGGCUUCAACUCUAAAUACUGUAUACUGUAUCCUUCACUAUAUAUUCUUCACUAUAUAUUGCAUCUUAGCUGCUACUAGAUUAUGUGCAUUAGGUUUAGUUGUGGAAUUUGUUAGAUAUUAUCUGUUUGAUACUGCUGCACUGUCGGAUCUUGAAGUAUAAGCAUUUCACUACACUCACAUUACCAUCUGCUAACCAUGUG